ACCACUGUUUGGUAGCUGCAGCAACAUCAUCCGAAGAGAAAUCCUUUUGUUUUUGUCAAAAACAUGAAAUCCAACCGGUUAUUGGAUGUCAUACUAAAGGGAGAAGAACAGCCCAGCAGUAGCUCAGUAGCAUCUUCCCUUCUAACAAAAGAUUCUUCAAAUCAACGCAAACGUCAGACUGGUGACAAACAAUUUGUCAACAAGAAUACUAAUAACAAAAACGUCUCGUUGCAUGAAGGCCAGCGGAUAUUUAAUUGUGAUAUUUGCGGGAAAAGCUUUAGUUUUAAGAGUCACAUAAAUAGGCAUAUGACGGUCCAUACAGGGGAAAAACCGUUCACAUGUAAUGUAUGUGGCAAAGGAUUUGCUAACAAUGAUAUAUUAAAGCGCCACCUCAAUAUUCAUACCGGUGAGCGGUUGUACACAUGCACUGAAUGUGGAAAAAAUUUCCAUUCUCAGUCGAAUCUCAACCGACAUAUGCACCAUCACACAGGCGAGCGACCAUUCAAAUGCACCGUAUGUGAACAGAGUUUUGUCACUGUGACUGAACUAAGUGCACACAAGCCCAUACACACGGGUAAUUAUAAGUUUAAGUGUGAUGUGUGUGGCAAAGGAUUCAGUUACAAAAUACGCUUGCAAGACCACAAGCAUGUUCAUACCGGUGAGCGGCCUUACCAGUGCACUGUAUGUGGAAAAGGUUUUGUCAGUGGGAAACAUCUAACUGCACACAAACCCAUACACACGGGUGACUAUAAACAUACGUGUGACGUGUGCGGCAAAGGAUUCUUGCACAGAUCGCAUUUGAAAGACCAUAAAAAUAUGCAUACAGGAGAUCGGCCGUAUCAAUGCAAUAUAUGCGAAAAAACUUUUGCCGCUUUCAAUAACCUAAACCAACACAAAUCAACUCACAUGGGAAUUCGGUAUGAGUGCGAAGUGUGUGGCAAAGGGUACACUAAGAAGUAUAAAUUGUCAUUGCACGAACGCAUUCAUAAAGCUGAGGAGGUAGCUAAACAGGAAAAGCCAACAAACGAAUCAACAAAACUCGAUGACAUUGACAGAGUGAAAGAUCAAGCAAACGCCGAAUACCAAAUACCGCACGAUUCUGCUAACAACAAUGAAAUUAAUCAAGGUGAAAUGAAAUCCCGCCAGCAUCUGGAUGUUAGAUCCAAUAAGAAAACACAUCAAUGUCAGAUUUGUGACAAACAUUUUUCCAGCAAUAGUAAACUCAACUCACACGUCUUAUUACACGAAGACAAGCGAUCAUUUAGUUGUGAUAUUUGUGGAAAAAAUUAUAAUUUGAAGGCUCAUCUCAGCAGACAUAUGGCGAUCCAUACCGGAGCAAAACGUUUCACGUGUGAUGUAUGUGGCGAAAAAUUUCGUGGAAAUCGAGCAUUGGAGUUGCACAAAACUAUCCAUACAGGAAAGCUGCCCUACGAAUGCACUGUAUGUGGAAAAAAAUAUACCUCCAUCGUUCAACUAAGCACACACAGUUCCACACAUACGGAUUAUAAUAAGUAUAAGUGUGAUGUGUGCGGAAAAGGAUUCGAGAAAAAAAUACUUUUGAAAGAUCAUAAAAUCAGUCAUGCAGGAGAGCGACCGUAUCAAUGCACUGUAUGUGGAAGUAAUUUUGUCGGUAGCAAACAAUUAAGUGCACACCAGUCCAUACACACCGGUGAUUAUAGGUAUACGUGUGACGUGUGUGGCAAAGGAUUCGUGCAACGAUCGCAAUUUAAAGACCAUAAAAACAAUCAUACGGGAGAGCGGCCGUAUCAAUGCCCAGUGUGCGGUAAAAAGUUUGGCACUAAAAAUGUCCUAUCCCAACACAAAUAUGUUCACACGGAUCGGCAUAAAUGUGAAGUGUGUGACAAAGCGUUCAGUACAAAGUUUUACUUGAAAUUGCAUACGAACACUCAUACGAAUGAGCAGUCAAUGAAUUCAAGUGCAACAAAUGAAAUAACAAAACUCAACGACAAUGACAAGGUGAACGAACAUUCACGAGCCAAUUUAAGUCGCGAUGCACCCGAUUUUGUUAGCUACAAUAAAACUUCAGCAAUUUGUUAACUGCAAUUGGAUUGCAACAGAACUGUAGAGGCUUUGUUAGAAGACGAGUAAAGCAAACAGAGAAGCUAAUAGUAAUCAAUCGAACCGCCAUUAAGAAAAAACAAAUUAGCAAAAUAAAUAAACAUUAUUUUGUUGCAGAAAAA